AUUAUUGCCUCAUGAGAUACAAAUUUGUUUCUACUGUCUUGCACAUGACAGUAGUAUUUAAUGGCAUGUAGGAAAUAGCCUGACACAUAACAAAAAAAAAUUGUUACCUGUUAGACGACGGAUAUGGCUGAUAAAAAAUUAGAUGAAUUGGAUUGGGUGAAAAUACGGGAAGAAUUAGACGUCGAUUACGUUAGCGAGACGAUAUUUGAGAAGGCGAAACGUAAAACACGAGAAAAUCCAUUGGUACCACUAGGAAGUCUUCUAACUGUAACAGCACUGACUGUUGGACUCAUCAGCUUUUAUAGAGGAAAGGGGCAAAUGCAACAGUACAUGAUGCGUGCCCGUGUUGGCGCUCAAGCAUUUACUAUUAUUUGCAUGGUUGCAGGAUUUAUUUUAUUACCCAAAUCAAAGUAGAAUAAAGUAGAAUGUAACAUUAUAUAACUUUGAUUUUCGUAUGCCAUUAAUUUCUGUUCUGGCAUACUUCUGGUCUGAAAUAUUCGUAUUCUUUAUGUCAGAUACAAUGUACCUAUGAGUGAAUAUAAUAUUGUUUUUAUUCACUAA